AUGCCCUCUACAGUGGCGAUUCGAAGCAUUAAAUGGAGUUUUUUGUUGUGUAUUUUAUGGAUUCUUCUUCGUAUUUGGAGGCGCGUGGCACAACGUCGCAUUGAAAAUGUUCUACCAUUGUAUUCGUCAAUCAUUGUAAAACGGAAAGUGAACGGAAAAAUCACUGACCGACCUAUUACAGGUGUAAGUAAUGGGACCGCUCACAAUAUUUCAGCUGUUGGGAAGAGCUGUGAGCAGAAACAACAAAAAGGACAAAAGAACACAAAAAAUUUUCUAGGAAAAAAGAAUAUAAAUAAAACGGGAGAGAGAGUUGUGAAAGAGAUUAUAGUUAAUGACGGAUUGGAACUUGCAUCCGCUACACCUUUUCUUGGCUUUUCACUCGUGGAUAACAUAAGGAAGGGAACUCUACUUGUCGACGGUCUCUUCCAGUAUGGUCCUGCCUACAACGUUGGCGUCCGUAUUGAUGAUGAGUUAGUAGAAGUAAAUGGCAUAGUGGUGAAGGGAAUAGAACAUGCACGAGAACUCGUUCGUACGUACUGUGUUCCAGGGACCACCAUACCGUUCGUGUUUAGACGUUCUGGUGGUGAGCCAUUUGCGGUUAAAUUAGGAGUUAUGACGGCAGAAAGACGAUUUUCUGGGACUGAGUUUUACUACGAUCCUACACGACACGAUAUUCUGGAGAGUAAACGUGAGAAGAAUGAGUGUUGGUCAUGGCGCAAUCUGCGUUAA